AAUUAAAACAAGGUGAUUUUCUAUUUCGAGUCAGGCUCUAGAGCUUCAAUAUAUAAGUAAAGUUAGAAACUUAGAAUCACAAACAGUUUAGGACCCUUCUAUGCUCAUCCCUUUAAUCAAUCCCUAGUAAUCAUGGCCAAGACUGUCUUCAUCUCUGCCUUCUUCUUUUUCUUCUUCUUUUCAUCCACUGUUCUCACAUUUUCUCUUGCCACCGCAAAAUCUCACAGUUUCUCAAGAAUCUUAUCUCCAGCCUCGUUCGGUCUCAAGAAAGAGAAGCUGAGCCACCUCCACUUCUACUUCCAUGACAUAGUUAGCGGCCAAAACCCUUCUGCAGUCAAGAUCGUCGUGCCACCCAACAACGCCUCCAGUACGGGGUUUGGCAUGGUGGCGAUGAUCGAUGACCCCUUAACUGUUAAGCCCGAUCUCAGCUCCAAACUUGUAGGUAGAGCUCAAGGGAUUUAUGCUUCCGCCGCACAGGGUGAAGAUGGGUUGCUAAUGGUUGUGAACUUUGCCUUCACUGAAGGGAAGUAUAAUGGAAGUUGUCUCAGCGUUUUGGGUCGUAACGUUGUGCUUUUAACCGUGAGAGAGAUGCCGAUCAUCGGUGGAAGCGGGAUUUUCCGGUUUGCUCGUGGGUAUGUUCAGGCGAGAACGCACACUUAUAAUCCCAAAACUGGGGAUGCUGUUGUGGAAUAUGAUGCCUAUGUCUUCCACUAUUAGUUGAAAAUUUUUACAAAGAAAUAUAUAUUGUGGAGUUUAAUUAUAAUUAUUUUGUUGAGCCUGA